AGUUAUCUGUUUGUUUCAGGUAUACUAUUGGCAUGUUCCGGAAAGGUUAUCGAAAAACCUUGGACGUAGAUGACCUAUACAACCCAAUAUCAAGUGAUAGGAGUACAGUAUUAGGAGAUAGGCUAGAAAGAAAAUGGAUAAAGCACUUAGAACGCUCAACAAAGCUCGGCAAGAACCCGAGUCUCCUGAAAGUGCUGGUUGCCACGUUCUGGCCAGAGUACUUAUACUUAGGUGUUAUUUCCGUAAUUCUGGACUUGGGCAUUCGGUUAGCGCAGCCUAUCAUGCUGGGCAACCUCCUGGAGUACUUCAGGCCAGGCACCGAAAUUACCAGGGAUGAAGCAUUCAUGUAUGCAGGGGGCUUGGUAGCCCUGAUUGGUGUCAGCGCUAUACUGAUCAAUCAGUACAUCAUGUGUGCUUUCCACUAUGGGAUGAAAGUCAGAGCUGCUUGCUGCGCUCUGAUAUACAGAAAAUCCCUUCGACUGAGUAAAACUGCCUUAGGUGAAACCGCUUCAGGAAAAAUAGUGAAUCUGCUAUCGAAUGACGUUAGUCGAUUCGAUAUUGUAUCUAUAUUUAUCCACCAAAUGUGGAUAGCCCCAGCAUCUGCAAUAAUCGUCAUGUAUUUCCUGUACAAAGAAGCUCAACUGGCUGGAAUCGUCGGUGUGGUCGUUGUGUUUCUAGUAACACCUUUACAAUCGUACACAGGUAAGCUGUCAGCCAUAUACCGCAAGCAAACCGCAAUGAAGACCGAUGAGCGUGUAAGACUGAUGGACGAGAUCAUAUCUGGAAUCCAAGUGAUAAAAAUGUACGCCUGGGAGAAGCCGUUCACCAAGUUGAUCAAGUAUGCCAGGAAAGCCGAACUGAAAGUGGUUACGAAGUCUUCCUACGUCAGAGGCCUGUUUAUGACGUUCAAUCUGUUCACGACAAGGAUGUCGCUGUUCUGUUCAUUGCUGACCAUGGUGCUAAUGCAACAGCCAAUUACUGCCACAAAAGUGUUCGUGUUCAUGUCCUACUUCAACAUUCUCUCCCAAACGAUGUCUACGAUGUGGGUGCGAGGCAUCUCCGAGGUGGCCGAGCUUCUGGUGGCGAUCAGGCGCCUGCAAAGCUUCAUGCUGAAUGAAGAAUUUAUAGAGCACAACAAACCGCAGAACAACAACGGUGCUGAUAUUAGAGCCAUUGACAGUAGGGACGCACUCAACAUCAAAGGUCUCACGGCUUAUUGGAGCACUGGCAGCUCAGACCUAGCUCUAAAGAACAUCUCAUUGAAUGUGAAGAAGAGACAACUGUUAGGGAUCAUCGGACCUGUCGGGAGCGGGAAGAGCUCGCUUUUGCAAACCAUUUUGGGUACGAUUUGAAUGAUAGGGACUGCGUAAAUAAAAGGAAAAUAAGUCAAGUGAAGUAAACUGGUGAUUU